GGUGCUUUUGGCGCGCACGCUCUGCGUCCUCAUCUCAAUGCACAUCAGCAAGCAUCUUGGCAGACAGCCACGAUCUACCACCUCGUGCACUCUGCCGCUUUGCUCAUCACUACCACGCUACCGAUCGCUCCGUCGGCGGCGCUCACCACCAGUGCUUGGUCAUUCGCGACCGGUAUCACACUGUUUUCGGGCUCUAUCUACGGGCUCUGCCUCACCAAGGAAGGUCAUCCAUCGCGUAAAAUUCUUGGGCCUGCCACACCUCUAGGAGGGCUGGCAUUCAUCGCUGGAUGGGUCGCUCUCGCCGUUGCCCAAAGAAGAGGGGCACCCAGGCUGCGGUGA